CUUUUCCUAUUUUUUUUUUUCUUUCUUAUUUUUCUCCAACGAGGGGAGAAGAAGAAGCUCGUCGUCAGCGAAUUUCUUUGGUGUUCUUCUCAUAAAGAUACAGCGGAUUCCUCCUGAAUUGUUUUAAUUCACAGUUUCUCAGGCCGUGAAAUAUGGAUAGCGAGAGAAGAGUGCACCCGGACUGUAUAAACGCUUCGAAUCCUUAUCACGAGUGUGUGGAGUAUUGCUUUAAGAAAAUUGCUGAAGCAAAGGCUAUAUUGGAGAAGCAAGGAUUAGCUGAAGCUGCCAUCGGUGGGCAUGGUUACCCUAAUGCUAAAGGUCGUGAGCAGUCGCUUGAUGCUAAAAGAAUAGAGGAAGAGAGUUCUGAAGAAGAAGAAGAAGAUGAAGAAGAGGAUAACCAAGAACCUGAAGUAGACGUGAGCCAACUUACAGGGAGGAAGAAGAAACUGUUUGAGCUGAGACUUAAGAUGAAUCAAGCAAGAAAAUACAAUCAGACAGAUGUCGGGACUGAGAAGAAGAAAAUGGAAGCACCAACAGAGACGAAAGGCAUCUCAAAACAGAAAUGGUUGGAGGAGAGGAGGAAGAAAAUCGGGAAACUUCUCGAUGCUAACGGUUUAGAUAUGACAAAGGCUUACAUGCUCGAUACUCAAGAAGCAGCGGAAACAAAAUACAAAAAAUGGGAAAAGGAACCUACUCCUUCUGGUUGGGAUGUCUUUAACCAGAAGACGUUGUACAACGCAUAUAAGAAGCGGACAAAGAACAUUCAGGUUGAUCUUGAGGAGUAUAACAGAAUGAGAGCAGCUGAUCCAGAGUUUUACCGCGAGGCCUCAAGCUUGCAAUACGGGAAGGCUCCGAAAAUUUCAAAAGAUAAGAUAGAUAAGAUGGCGAAGGAGCUCCUUGACAGAGAGCAAAAGCGACAGGACUUUAGCAGGAGGAGGAAGUUCCGGGAAGAGAAGGAUAUCGAUUCGAUCAAUGACAGAAACGAGCAUUUCAACAAGAAAAUUGAGCGUGCUUUUGGGAAAUACACACUGGAGAUUAAAAACAAUCUGGAACGAGGAACUGCUUUACCAGACUAAGGCUCUGAUUGGCCGGACUGUAGAGACUUUGAUAGGUUUUACAGUCUACAGAUUUUAUUUACCCAAACUAGCUGUUUUGACUGUAUUAUUUUUUUAAGUCCUGAAUGUAACUCAACUGUUUUUUUCCUUUGUUUUCCGGGAUGCUUGGAAAGCAUUUUCGGCUGUAUGCUUUUUAUCUUUAAAAACUUUUACUUAAAAAAAUAACUAUGACUUUCA